CGACCGAGGGGACACACAGAACAGUGCCUGGAGAGCUAUAUAAGAAUGUGCCAGGGGCAAGAGCAAACACUUUCUCAGGUGAAGGACUCGCGUGAAUCAGCCAUGAAUGUGAAUGAAGACACUGUUACCAACAGGCUUGGAGCCACUAACAAAGUCUGUUUGUAUUUUAUCAUCGCCAUCCUGGGUGCAUUGCUCGUCUUUGCCUUGGCUGCCAUCAUGGUCCUGGUCGUCCAGAGGACGGUAGAUGAUCCUGCCAUGGAGGGCAUCAAAAAACCCAUCAGGACAGAGAACACCUUUGAAGACUAUGUGAAGACCCUAUGGAGUGUCCCAGGCAAGAGAGCCGCUGCCUACAUGAGAGUGUCCAGCACAGCGAACAGCUCCAAGCUGAGCCUGGUGGAGAAGGGGAUCUGUGAGGCCAUGGACUGCAAUGGUGAGCAGCUGGUGGUCAAGGAAGAAGGCCUCUACUUCAUCUUCUACCACUUGAACUUCCACUUCCCCAACUGCUCCAAGAGCCCCAUCGACCUCAAGAUCGAGCUCCUGGUGAACGACAAGGUGGACACGCAGAUGUUGUCCACAUUUUGUGCAUCUGAAACCUGCCAGGACAAGACUUUUAAAACCUUGCUCCAGCUCCACUUGGCAAACCUGAAAAAAGACGACAAGAUAUCAGUAACACUGAACCACCCCCAAUUCCUGAACGACGUCUUCCUUCCCAAUGAAAACGUUCUGGGGGUCUUGAGGUACAAUGGAAUGUGAGCAGCUCCCCGAGCUCCCACUGCUGCCCAGACCCUUUCUCUGAACACCAGCAGCCUGCUUUCACUAGGCACCAGCUUGGUUUAAAUCUCCCAGCUCACCUCAUCCCUAGGGUGAACAAGGAACUUUGUGAGCGUCCCAGAAAAAAGCACAAGUUCCCUGGCUUGGCUCCAGGUGGGAUUGUUGGGCUCUGCAGCACAUAACCCACAGACCCACCAGGGGCUCCUCGAAGCAAUCUGUGCAAACACAGAUUAAAACCCAGGCACAGCAUGGGAAGAAUCCCCAACAGAGGGAUUUUUAGGGUCAUAAACUGCUGGCACAGUGCCUGUGCUCAGGACAUGGGGAAAUCUGCUUAACUCUAUUUUAUGGAGAAGUGUUUUAACCCAGUCUUUCCAAAAACCCAACAGUCAAAGCUUGUAGUCAAGGCUUUUCUUUACCACAGGCACACGAUGACAACUCUGGAAUAGAUUCAUGGUACAACAGCAAAAAUGAUGAAAUUAUUGACUCUUGGGCUGGCAGCUGAA